AUGAUUAUGACAAACAUAACCACAAGGAAUGGAUUCCUUCUCGUGGGGUUUUCUGAUGAUCAUGAGCUGCAGAUCUUGUAUGCUUUGCUCUUUUUGGUGUUGUACCAAGUGGCUUUGACAGGAAACUUCGUCAUUAUCACCAUCACAACACUGGACCAGCACCUCCAAUCUCCAAUGUAUUACUUCUUGAAGCACCUUUCCCUUCUGGACCUCUCCUUCAUUUCUGUCACAGUCCCCCAGGCCAUUGACAAUUCACUGAUGGAUGAUAACUAUGUUUCAUAUGGCCAGUGCAUACUGCACGUAUUUUCCUUCACAUCUUUGGCCUGUACUGAGGUAGCUAUUCUUACAGUCAUAUCUUAUGACCUUUAUACAGCCAUUUGCUUCCCACUGCACUACGAGAUCAUCAUGGAUCCCAGAAAUUGUCAGUGGGCUAUGAUAGCUGUGUGGGUGAGUGGAGGCAUCUCAGGAAUCUUAUACAGCAAUUUCUCCAAUUGUUUCAUAAAAUCAGCCACAUUUUCUAUCACAUUCUGUAGGGUGAAAAUAAUCCAUCAAUUUUUCUGUGAUGUCCCCCAAUUACUGAAGCUCUUCUGUUUCAAUGAUUACCUAGGAGUGAUUGGAGUAGCUGCUUUCAUGUUUGUGGUAGCAUUAGCCUGCUUUGUCUCCAUUGCAUUCUCCUAUGUUCACAUAUUCUCCACAGUUCUAAGAAUACCCUCUGCUGAAGGCUGCUCUAAGGUAUUCUCCACCUGCCUGCCCCACCUCUUUGUUGUCUCAUUUUUUCUCUCUACAGGCAUCUGUGCAUAUCUAAAACCAACCUCAGAUUCUCCAUCUGCGUUUGACUUUAUGGUAUCUAUCUUUUACACAGUGAUACCCCCAACACUCAAUCCUAGCUAUAUAUAG